UUUUGUACUCAAGGUCAAACGCAACUUAUCCCCACUACAAGACGGUUUGAGGAAUUCUCAACUUUCUUUAUCUCGGCGACAAAGUAGAGUAAUUCCCCGAGUUAUUGUUUCAUUUGUGUCUUAGUGUCGUGUUCGUUAAACAUGGAAACAAAAGUGUUAAAACUACUGGAAUUACUGUUAAGUGAAACUAAUGAAAUCAAACAAAAGCUCAACAAGUUGGAAGCCAGAUUAGAUAACCAGCAACACAUCGACCGAAUCUUUGGUGAUAUUCAUCGUUAUUUUGCCAACAAUGACGCAAAAACGGGUAAUUCACCUGGAAAUGAUUCUAAGCCUAAACAAGAGGUGCCAGCGAAUGCUGGAAAUCUUGAAAUGGCUAAAUGCAAUAGAGUCACAGACACUGAACCUGAAAUUGAUAAUAUUGACUUGAAGACGAGCGAAAUAUCAAUUGAUGAUUUAAAAUCGGUGUUAAAAUACACUUUAGUUGAAGAAAUCGGGCCUUCACAUGCUCCCACAUUCAAAAUGGCGGUCAAAGUGAACGAAAAAAUUUAUUAUGGGAAAGGGGGCUCUAAACAAAAGGCGCGAGAUGACGUAACGCAAAUUGUUUACAAUUCAAUUAGCAAAAAUAAAGUUAAACCAACAAUUAAGGAUGAAAAGAAUGAGCCACGGAAUGUUAUAAUCGACUUGUCGAAGUUAAAAAAAAACAAACUGGAAUAUCUCAAACCUUUAUUAAAAUUCACUCUAAUCGAACAAAUCGGGCCUUCACACGCGCCCACAUUCAAAAUGGCAGCCAAAGUGAAUGGAAAAUUGUAUUUCGGAAAUGGCGGCUCCAAACAAAAAGCUCAAACCAGUGUCACUCAAUCGGUUUUACAAUCACUGAAUCAAAAACUAAUUAACGAUAAUUUAAUAAACGUUCAAAUCGAGCCAAUGACAGUGAAAACUGAUCCAAAAUAUGUCGAAAAUACAUAUUCCUUACUCAAAUAUCGCCUUGUCGAACAAACAGGACCGGACCACAAACCCACAUUCAAAAUGGCCGCCAAAGUGAAUGAAAAAAUUUAUUACGGAGUAGGCGGUUCCAAGGUCAAGGCGCAAAUGAACGUCCUUGAACUGGUUCUGGGGGAAUUACUCAAAAAUCAAAAACAAAAACAACACGGAGAGGUGAAGUCACUUUCUGAGACCAAAAACGUGAAUUUGCUACCAACAAAAGUCCAAAACACGUCAAAAUCCCUAAAGUACGUCACAUCGGCGCUGCAGUACAAUUUUCUGGGAACUACCGGCGCCAUGUUCAAAAUGGCGGCCAAGGUCAACGGCAAAAUCUACACCGGCCUUGGAAUUUCCAAAACAAAGGCUAGAUUAGACGUUGCCACACAAGUCCAUACGUCACUACUAACUCAAACAAAUGAAUGUCAACAACCGGAAACGGAAACAAAAGCUGCGGCUUUUAUCAACCGACUUUACCCCAACGCCAUCUACACGUGCACUGAGACACGAACUGACACUCGAACCGAAUUUACUAUCAUUAUCACCGUAAAUAAUCAACAAUUUGUAGGAAUCGGUCCGAGUAAAAAAAUCGCGAAAAAAGCGGCCGCGUUUUCGGCCUUGACUGGCCUGGGGGAUCCCCCAAAAACACAAAUAAACACCGUCGUAAAACCGGAAUUUUUCCGAAGGCUAGUCGAGGAGAAAAUCGCUUCAUUAAUGAGCCAAACGCCACAAUUCGGUCGUUAUAAAGUGGGCGCUGGAAUUGUGAUGACACGAAAUGGUAACUUUUUAGAUUGUGAUGUGGUAGCAGUGGCGACCGGCACGAAAUGCAUCCGGAGCGCGAAAAUCACCAACAGUGGCGCCAACCUAAACGACAUGCACGCCGAAAUCCUAACACGGAGGUGUUUAAUUGAUUUUUUCUACGACCAGUUGGAGUUAAGUCUUGAAGGGCGAAAAGAAACGAUUUUUGAGCGAAAUGGACCGAAAUUUCGACUUAAAGACGGAAUUGAGUUUCAUUUGUUUGUUGAUACGACCCCCUGUGGCGAUGCUAGUGUUUUUAGUCCGCGGAACGUGCCUAGAAGGCAGGGAUUUUUGCGCGUAAAAGUCGAAGCAGUUGGUGGCGCAGUUUCCACGAAAAACGAACGAAUUUUCCGGGAAGAAAAACUAUUAACAAUGUCUUGCUCGGAUAAAAUUUGCAGAUGGAACGUCCUAGGGCUCCAGGGGGCCCUUUUGUCCAAUUUCCUCGACCCGAUUUACCUCAAAUCGGUGAUUUUGGGUAAUGUCAUUCACGAAUCACAUUUACAGAGGGCAAUUUACGGACGUGUCAAGGACACUCUUGUCAAUCUCCCCUCUCCUUAUAAAUUGAAUACCCCCUCCACGUUUUUUCUCCCCUCCACUAGGCAAAGCCCUGCCUCAGUCCCAAAUUUUGCCAUCACGUGGUCGAAAAACAACCAACAGUGUGAGAUUAUCAAUUACAGGACCGGAAUGACACAACUGGGGCCGUCUAAGGUUUCAAAACAAAGGUUUUUGCAAAAAUUUGGAGCCCUCAGUGAGAAAAUUUGGGGAAAAAAUUUGGAGAUUAUGUAUAUUGAGGCAAAAUUUUCGGCUUUUGAAUAUAACAAUGCCAAAAAUUCAAUAAAUGAGGCUUUUAGAAGCGCAGAUUUGGGCAAUUGGAUUACAAGACCUAUAGAACGCGAAAUGUUUAGAUUAAAAAAUUAAUUGUAAUUUUUUAUGUAUUUUUUACAUUUAUAAUAAAGUUUUUUGCAAAAUAAAA